AUGCAGAGUUUAUUCCAUGGCGUACGUGAAUACUUGACGCCGGUAUUGACUGAGUCGUCAUUUGAAGACAAAGGAUUACUUACACCAGAAGAAUUUGUAAAAGCUGGUGAUUUACUUGUUUACAAGUGUCCAACAUGGCGUUGGGAAAGCGGCGAAUCGAGUCAGAGACGAUCGUAUCUCCCAGUGGACAAGCAAUUUCUUAUCACACGCAAUGUACCAUGCCGCCGUCGUGUCACGUCGCUAGAGCAAAGCUAUCAGACUGAGGAAGCUGUUGAAGGCGAGGAUGAAUGGGUGGCGACAUCUUCGUACGCUGUUGAAGGUGGCAAUACAAAUUCUGUGACCGAUUUGAGUGAUGAGAUGGGAGGAGUUUCAAUCUCACAAGGGGAUAAGUCGCAAGCUUGUAGUAGCGAUAUAAAGGGAGGAAUUCUAGGUGCUAUCGUGGACGAACACUUCAAAGCUGACUCUGCGAUUGAGUCAGAGAUUCACGAUUUGAGCACAUAUGAAGAAGAAGAUAAUCUUGUAGAAGAUGAAGCAACUCUUGAUUCAUCAUCUCAUACCUACCUCGUCGCUAGUGAGCCUGAUGACGUAGACGACGCGAUCUUACGUACCCGUACGUACGAUUUGUCGAUUACUUAUGACAAGUACUAUCAAACUCCACGUGUGUGGCUAUUUGGCUACAAUGAAUGCAACGUGCCACUCACUGGUGAUCAAAUGUUUGAGGAUAUUAUGCAAGAUUAUGCGAAUCGUACAGUAACGAUGGAAGUACAUCCCCACCGUAGCUCUUUACUUCAUGCGUCUAUCCAUCCAUGUCAACAUGGUGCUGUGAUGAAGCGUAUCAUCGCUAAUUUAAAGAUGCGCAGACCUGGUGAAACAGAGACGGAGGAUCAAGUGGCUCACACUAUUCGAAGUGAUCAGUAUUUGUUUUUGUUUUUGAAAUUUAUUCAGUCAGUCAUUCCGACUGUUGAUUAUGACUAUACGAUUGAAGUGAAUGCUAAACAGUAA